AUGACACACGACGCCGUCUGGUUCUCUCGCCCCAGGAAGUUCGGAAAGGGCAGCCGACAAUGCCGCCUCUGCGCCCACCAGGCUGGUCUCAUCAGAAAAUACGGCCUUGACCUCUGCCGUCAAUGCUUCCGCGAAAAGUCGGCCACCAUCGGUUUCGUCAAGCAUCGGUGAAAAACCCAUCUCGCCCGCCGCCUUUCUUCUCGGAUUCUUGCAUGCUUUCCACCAUGUACCUCAUUACGAUUCCAUAUCACAUAUGCCCAUGCCAAAUGAAAAGCACCUGAAAGCAGCA